AUGUUGCGACGAUUUGGACUUCGAGUGUUCCGAGGUGCCUCCCGGGCGGCUUCUUCUUUCAAAGCGGCUGAUUUGACCGUUGAAGUUACUAAAUCGCCAGCCCAAAAGCCCGAGUCCGCUGAUAACUUGCCCUUUGGCGCCGUUUUCACCGAUCAUAUGUUGGAAAUCGACUGGACCGCCGAGAAUGGAUGGGGCACUCCAGAAAUCAAGCCAUUCCAAAACUUAUCGCUGCACCCUGCCGCCAGUUGCCUUCACUACGCCAUUGAGUUGUUCGAAGGGAUGAAAGCUUAUAAACGACACGACGGCAAAGUGGUUAUGUUCCGACCAGACAGAAACAUGGCACGAAUGCACUCCAGUGCGGUGCGAAGCGCUCUUCCUGAAUUUGACCAGGAAGAGAUGCAAAAAUGCAUUCAAAAGCUCGUCGACUUGGAGCGAGACUGGAUUCCUGACUCUAAAGUUGCUUCGCUCUACAUUCGACCGACGAUGAUCGGCACAGAACCUACACUUGGCGUUUCUCCACCAAAAUACGCUAAAUGCUUCGUCAUUCUUUGCCCCGUCGGUCCUUACUUCCCAACUGGCGGAUUCAACCCCGUUUCUCUUCAUGCUGAUCCCUCCGUCGUCCGAGCUUGGGAUGGUGGAUCUGGAAACUUCAAAAUGGGCGCUAAUUAUGCUCCUACUAUUCAUCCUCAUAUGGAGGCGAUGAAAAAAGGCCACCAACAGAUUCUCUGGCUUUACGGAGACGAGCAUUACAUCACCGAAGUCGGCACAAUGAAUCUGCUUAUCUACUGGGUAAACGAGAACGGCGAAGAAGAACUUGUCACUCCACCUAUCGAGCAGGGCGUUAUCUUGCCAGGUGUGACCAGAGACUCGCUUUUGACUCUCGCACGUGAGUGGAACGAGUUCAAGGUGACCGAGCGGCCAGUUACGAUGAAAGAAUUGGUCGAUGCUUUGGACCAGGGACGAGUUAAGGAAGUCUUUGGUGCCGUGAACCGUGUCACCUACGGCGACCGUGUCUUGGAAAUUCCAACGAUGGAUAACGGCGCCAAACUUGCCACGCGCUUCUUAAACACUCUCAACGACAUUCAGUACGGCAACACCAGCCGAGAAGGAUGGCAAGUCAUCUUCUAA